GCGGCGGGCAAACGCCGUGUGGCCAGCGGGCGGUGAAGCCGCUUCCGCCGCCGCGGCCUCUCCAGCAGUAAAAAUGGCGGAGUCGGUGUUGGAAGUUGUGGGCAAGCUGCAGUCGCGGCUGGCGGGCAGCUCGGAGCCCAAGAAGCUGCUGAAAAGUCUGAAGAGACUGUCUGAGUUGCCCAUCACAGUUGACAUUCUUGUGGAGACGGGUGUUGGGAAGACUGUGAACAGUUUACGGAAACAUGAGCUUGUAGGAGACUUUGCGAAGAACCUCGUAGCCAGAUGGAAGAAGCUAGUGCCAGUGUCCCAAGAGGCAGACAGAAAUAACCUAGAUUCUGAAGACCGUGACUAUGAGAGGAGCAGCUCAAGUAAAAGACAUCACGAACCUUCCCUCAGAGAGGAUGAGGAACCUGAGCAGGAGUAUUCAGAACCCUUCCAGCCAUCUUGCAGCCAGUCCUAUAGCCCAGAUCAUAGGGAAAAGAAAUCCAAAAGGUAUCCUAGGCCUGAGAGAGCCCAUGAGACUUAUGGCUAUAGCAGCCACGAGGGGAAGGGUUGGGGCAGAUCUUCCCCAGUGCUCUCUUCAGAUCAGGAGUACUCGGACUAUGGACAAGCUGUGUCACCUGAGCCAAGUGAGAGCCCUCAGGAUAUGUACACAGACCCUUAUGCCUCUGAGGAACAGGAAGAACCAACAGUAUUUCAUAGGAAAGCCAGUAAGCGUCACAGCUUUCAGGAGAAACUGGGGGGAGGCCGGGAGAGGAACCCUGAAGAGUUCUAUGACAAAGGGAACGUGAGUCGAAGCAAAGAGCACAAGUCUUCUCACAAGAAGCAGCGACUUGUUGGCAGAGGGGAGGACAGGACUUCUGCCUUCAGCCCUGAAAGAUUGCACAAGACCUCUUCUAAAGAGCAACUCCAAGAAUCCCCCAUGGCAGGGGCCAGCAAGGAGAAGCAGAGGAUGUCAGAUGGCGCCAAGAAGGAGAAGAACCGAGAAAGCAGCACCUCCAGAAAGGAGAAGUUGCACAUGUUGCCACACUUGGAAGAGUCUUUGGACAGCCCUGCUAAGAAGCAAAAACAUCGGGACUCUGAGAAGAGUAAAUUGGAAAAGCCCAAGUUGAGCCUGGAGACCUCUAACACAGAGCGGGAGAAACGGAAAGCCGAGAGUGACUCGUCAAAUAGGGUUAAAGAAAAGGGGAUUUCUGGGAGCUUAAAAUCUUCAGAGGGGAAGCGCAAAGUCUCUGAUACGGACAAAAAAUCAAUGGGCUUUUCCUCCAAUUUUGGGGAGGGGGAAGUGGAGGAUGAAUUUGAACAACCUACAAUGUCCUUUGAGUCGUACCUCAGCUACGACCAGCCCCAGAAAAAGAAAAAGAAAGUGGCCAAACCCUCUGUGUCAGCUGGAGAGAAAGACCGAGGGCACAGCAAACAGAAUGGAUCCAAAGCCAGUACCAACAGCUCAAGCUCGAGUCGGAAAAGUCCAAGCCACAAGCGAACAAGUGAGAAAAAGGCAGAGAAGAAACUACCAGAGUCUCCUAAACCAAAGAGGAUACUUUUAGAUGUGGUACCAACGUUACCAGACAUCCCACUGCCCCCGAUCCAGGCCAAUUACCGCCCUCUUCCUUCAAUCGAAUCCAUUUCCUGCUCCCAGACAAAAAGAAAAGCAGUGUCCUCACCAGUUGAAGAGAGUGAAGCUGGUUUUACAGGCCGCCGCUUGAAUUCAAAGAUGCAAGUGUAUUCAGGCUCUAAAACUGCCUACCUCCCAAAGAUGAUGUCUUUGUAUCAGCAGUGUAUCAGAGUCCUCAGUAACAACAUUGACUCAAUCUAUGAAGUGGGUGGUGUCCCUUUCUCAGUGCUGGAGCCAGUAUUGGAGAGAUGUACCCCAGAGCAGCUGUAUCGCAUUGAGGAAUGUAAUCAUGUCCUCAUUGAGGAUACGGAUCAACUGUGGCACAAUCACUGUCUCCGAGACUUCAAGAAUGAGAAGCCAGAAGAGUUUGAAUCCUGGCGGGAAAUGUACCUUCGACUUCACGACGCGCGAGAGCAGCGGCUGCUCAUGUUAGCACGGAACAUUGGCUCAGCUCAUGCCAACAAACCCAAAGGUAGAGUGGCCAAAAUGGCAUUUGUGAACUCUGCAGCAAAGCCUCCUCGGGAUGUACGAAGGAGACAAGAGAAGUUUGGAACGGGAGGGCCUCUUCUGCCAGAAAAGACCAAAAUAAAACCAGUCCUGUACACGUCUAGCAAAAGCCACACUCGUGUGAGCGAGGAGCAAUCCUAUGAUGGGCCCAGCACCAGCAGUGCCCAUUCUGUCCCAUCUUCAGGUAGCACCUUCUCCUCCUAUGACCCCAGGAAGCCACCAGUGAAGAAAAUUGCACCCAUGAUGGCAAAGACUAUCAAAGCUUUCAAAAACAGGUUCUCUCGGAGAUAAGUUUGCAGUGCAGAUUUGGGACUUUCCCUCUCAUGGGGGAGUGGCACUGAAGGGGAGAAGGUACCCAAACAGCCCUUUUCUUUGAACUCUUUGGAGGCUGCAGCUGCUGGGAGAAGCUUCGAUCUGCACAAGACGACAGCACAGUAUUUUAUCUCUUAUUCUGGUCCCUUUCUCAGUGUCAAGCCCCUCUCUUUUCCCCCUGCCCUUAACAUCCUGUUUCUGGCUUUGUCAUCCGUCAACAGAAGGGUGUACAGAAUCUCCCAACACAAGAAAAUGUGAAGUCUUGGCACCUGCUGAGAGUGGAAGAUCCAGAGACUAUUUACUAUUUAACCUCUUAAUAAAUUAUAAAAUGGUUUUAAUUAAUAUUUUGCCCCUCUAUCCCACUGGUAUUAUUUAUGUUGCUCCCAGUAGUCCAUCCCCCCCAAGCCAGUACGAGGGCCAGCCUCUCUGACUGGAGCUGGCAGGAAUCCAUCUGUCUGAGUGGAUACUGGGUGUCAUGGGAGUCUUUCCUUGUGAUCUGGUACCUGCUGGGCCCAAAGUCCCACCUGGGCUCUCAGACAGGUGGGACCAGUGGCCCAUCUGCUCGUUGGUCCUUUGGCAAGAGCAUCAAGUCCUGAGGCUUUGCUCUCUACUCGUAUAUGUUAAUAAAAUCUUAGCUCUCCACCUUCUCUCUGCUCUUACUGUAGAUCUUGUACAGAUGCUUACAUUGUUGUGCAGGGAUGCCAAGAGCCAUUGGGGACUCUUUCUUCUGCUGCUGUUGUCUUCUGCUGGCUACUGGGAAUAAAAGUAUGAGGGAUUUGGGGAGAAAUUUUACUGUGCACCAAGUCAGAUUUUAGCUUGCUUUUUUUUUUUCUUUUUUGUUUGUUUGUUUUGGAGAGAACUAGGGGACUUUGCCUCUGGAACUGAAAACAGUUUUUAAAUCUCAACGGAGGCAUCAGUUUGCCUCUUUUAGUGGAAAGAAGGAGUACUUUUAUCUAGUUUUCUGUGUGGAAUUGGGAAGGAUUUCUUUCCCAUUUGGAAGCUGGUGCUUAAAUCUGGUCUUUACGCUGUAUGUUUUGCUCUGCCCCCUCUUUGGAAAAAGCUUGGAUUUUAGUCUUUGAACCUGAAACCACUUGACUGGUGUUGGAGGGGAAGUAAUGGACUGUGGUUUGUUAUGUAAUGUGUACAUACUUCAUAGCAGUUCAAGGGCUGUACUUGGUGUCUGAGGAACUGGAUAUCUGCAAGGAAAAGGUGUGUGAUGUGACGCAGGGGCUGGCGGCAGUGUGAGGCAGUGCCAUGGAGUGCAGCUGCUCUGGGGAGGUCGGGAGCCCGAGUGCUGCACGAGGUGUGUGAUUUCAGGUGGACUCGCUGAGGCUGCUGCAGAGAGCAGGAAGCCAGGUACAACUAGCCACUUGCUCUUAAAUGUGAAGCUUUACUGUGGUGAACAUUUCCGCUUGAGGGUUAUGUCUGCCUCGAAAGCAAACUUCCCCAGAGGUGGUGCCAGCAGAAGAUGGAGUUGGUUGGAUCCAGGUCCUGUGGUGAGGGAGCUGGCCUUUCUACUAGGGCUCAGAGGUCCCACGGGAUCGGGGAGAGCUUCUCCUGUUCCAAGCCGUAUUUGCUGCCCUAGGACUUUGCUGUCUAGGUAGAAACGGUGCUGGUAGUGGCUGCUGUUGGUGGUGGCAGCUCCUGGGAAGCUCUGUUGCUGGCUUACCGUGGCUGCCAAAUCCCAAACUGGUGGAGUUGUCUGUGCACACUGACUGGCAGAAACCUUACUGGGAAGAGUCCUCCCUGGAGAGCUCUAGAAAAGUCCCUGUAUGCUUCUGGUUUCUGUUGGUUUUCUUCUUUCUUUUUCUCCUUCUUUUUCUUCUUUCUUUAGAACCAUUCUGAACACCUGUCUCUUGUUUAUUUGGUCUGUUCUUUUCUUAUUUUGAAGGUCUUGGAAAAAUGUUCUCAGACUCAUGUGCUGUAAGUUUGUUACAGUCCCAGAUGCUUUAAUGUUACCGUGCAGCAUUUCAGUCUGUGUUGUGCUGUAAAGUAAUGGCUCCUUACUCUUGCAUUUUUGCUGUAUUUAAUUUUGCUGUAUUUUUAAUUAGGUAACAAUAUAUUAUCUUCUGCUGAUCAUUGUGCUACCAUUUAUUUCCCUUCUGUACUUGGGGUAGGGGCAGAGGGGAGGGAAGGGGAGUCUGGCAUUGUGUUCAGGCCCCGGCGGAGCCUUCAGCAAAGGACCUGGGUGAGGCCCGACAAGAAUCUUGGGGACUGCUCAACUGCCACUUGGUUAAUACUAGAGCUGGGUCUUUGGCUUUGGGUAUUGCUGUUGUGGGGUGAUGUACCUUCCCCGCUGGAGCAGCCUCUUCUUUGCUCAUGGCUUUGCCAGCUGUGUCUGUUUUAGCUUGUCUGGAUUGCAGGAGAGGGUACAGAGAGGAUCGGGUGCAAUGCUAUGUCUGAAUUGACUCCGCUGGGUGCUGAGCUGGUCCCACUGGUGCUGGGACUGAUGCCAACCGCUCUCCCUUCCCUCCCCUGCCUUUUGCUCAGAUACUAAAGAAGAGAUGGACACCAGCCCACAGCUGGAAAGAGAGUUGGGUUACUUCCAUGAGACAGCAAGGAAGCAAAGUCUGGGGCGAAAGCGCUUGCUCAGUUCCCGGUCUCUGAGGGCCUGGGCUGUCACACCAGUGCCAUGUUUCAGUGCUACACUGCGCCUGGAGGCACUGAGCAGAGCUGCUGCCUCUUCCCCCGUUGCUGCCCUGCUGGCGGUGGGAUAAGGGAUGGGGGCAGGAGGGGGAGUAACUGGGACUUGCAUUUGUAUUUUGGUCCCUGACUGUGUAUAUACAAUUUUCUAUGUUCCUUUUUUUGUGGUAAUGAAGAUGAAUAUUUUAAUUAGAUAAGUUAUAUGAAAAGAGGAAACUCAUGUCCCAAUAAAAGGCAAACCCUGGA